UUUGCUCGAGGUAAAAGUAUUGUCUAUUUUUCGUUUAGGGUUUCAAAAUUAUAAAGUUUGUAGUCGGCUGAACACUUCCUUCCAUUCAAUCCAAAUGGCUAAGAUUCCUUUAAGCUGGAGCAGAGUUCUUCGGCUGAUUCGGUUGCAUCAUCUGGCGGUGGGCAACAUCGCCGUGCUCUGCCUUAUUGUGUUGAGUAUCAUGGACUACGGGAUAUUAGAUCUCUUCUGUUGGUUUGAAACGGUUGAGGAGGAGAAUAUUCCGCUGACCGUUUUGAUGUACAUCGGUGGAUUAAAGGUGGCUAUUAUCCUGUUUCUCGCACUGUGGUGCUGGACUAGAGAAGAAGCUGAAAAGAAUCAGGAGGGCAAUAUGGACAUGCCCAUCUCUUACGUUCGUAAGCGGUACUGUCGUUUUCUUGUGAUGAACCUGUUGGCGUCCGUAGACCGGCUGAUCCACCACCACUCACACAUUGAUGACUUCCUGCAAAGUCGCAAGGACUGCGGCGAGGCAGUGGAACAGUUUCGCUGGAGAGCUCGAAGGCUCUUUGAGCGCACGGAUCUGCAACUUUGUGUUCCACUCCACGAAGUCCUUUCUGUGGAUGAUCCGCAGGAGAAGGAACUCCUCCGCUUGGGUUACGGCGAUAAAUUGGCACAGUUGCGAGAGCUGGACGUCUACAAGAUGAUCUACAGCGACUAAUUAACUUCACAAACGUGUUAAUUUGAAUGCGCCAUACGCAUGUGAGGUUAUAAAGUUGGCAGAGUGGAAGGUCCUUUUCCCCUAUUACUUUUCUGGAGGUUGUUCGGAUCAUUAUAAGCUUUUAAGAUCAUAUUUAUUGUAAGCAUUUCGACUUUUAGGUGUAUUUACCGCUAAAUCAAUUACAAAUAUAAAUCUUUCGUAAAAAUU